CGUUCAACUGUUCAACAUUGUGCUGUUGAUCUCGCUUUUUGUUGAACACCAGAAGGUCCAAUCGAUUCGGAUAGUAUGUCGUCCACAGAGUUGUCGGCCACAGACCUGCAGCCGAUCCUGCAGUUCACCAUCUCUCUGGCUCGCUCUGCCGGUGAGAUCAUCUUGCAAGGCUCGCAAGCGAUUCUCUCAUCAGGCAAUGUCGACGAGAAGAAAAACUCGGUUGAUCUAGUGACCGAGUACGACGUGAAGGUCGAGGAGCUUGUAAAGAGGGAGCUUGGGGAGAAGUAUCCAAACUUUAAGUUUAUCGGAGAAGAGUCGUACGCCGCUGGGGCUCGGCCUCCUUUGACUGAUGAAGCGACUUUCUGCGUUGACCCCAUCGAUGGGACAACAAACUUCGUACAUGGCUUUCCGCAUGUCUGCAUUUCGAUCGGGUUGAUAUACAAGAAGACUCCUGUGCUUGGUGUAAUCUACAACCCAUUUCUCGACCAGUUGUAUACCGGAGUAAAAGGCCAGGGAUCGUACCUCGUGCAUAGCAAACAUGCGCCGGUGAAGCUGCCGAUUGCUAAGCCACGACCUUUGCCGUCUCUGUCUCAAGCUCUUAUCGGUGUCGAAUGGGGUUCCGAUCGUUCUGAGGACGUGAUCCGCGCAAAGGGCGACUCCUUCAAGAGACUCGCAGGAAAUCCCGCCGAAGGCGUGAAAGGGGGCCAAAUGGCACAUUCGUUGCGCUCGCUGGGCAGUGCCGCGCUGAAUUUCUCAAUGGUGGCUCAAGGCGGGCUAGACAUCUAUUGGGAGAUUGGAUGCUGGCCUUGGGACAUCUGUGCUGGAUCCGUGAUCGCUCAAGAAGCAGGUUGCUUCGUUGCUGGCUCGCCCUCUGCCCCUCUCGAUAAUCAAGUGACAGAGACGGUCCUAGCUGGGAGAAAGUAUACCGUCAUCAGGGCCAUCGGAGACACUGAGGCAGAGAAGGGCGUCGAUACGCAAAAACGUCUCAUCAAGGAGUUUUAUCAGACGGUAGAAGAUGUAGAGCCCCACUAGAAGACUGGGCAUAUUAGAUAGGAUGUACAGUUUCAGCAAUUUAGCCCUCGGAGCUUUCUCAACGCAUUGAGAAGGAACGCCCGUGUGCGAAUGGCUUGGACUGUAGCUGGUUCACUGUCGGCGCUGGCUCUAAUACCCCGUGUCCCAUCGCACAUCCAGACCCGUCAUGCUUGUCAAAUUCUCGG